AUGAGAGAUUCAGCUUCCAGGUGGCGGUCUCACUCGCUAGCAGAAGAUAUGCAGCCAGAACUAUGGAUUGCCCAGGAACUGCGGCGCAUUGGAGAUGAAUUCAAUGCCUCCUAUUGUCCAAGAAGGGGUUUCUUGGAUAAUCGCGCGGGAAACCCCCAGAUUGUCAUUUUGCGCCUCCUGCGUUACAUCAUCCGCCUCAUUUGGAGAAUGCAGUGAGUGUCGGACGCUUUGCUUGCAAGACCUAGAGACUUGUCUACUUGUGCCGAAAAUCGAUGAAGAACAAUGAGCAGCGGGUCUUUUCUGUGCCCUAUACAGGCAGUUCAGAAACCUUCCUUUCCUAAAGGACAUCCAGAAGGUGCCGUGGUCUCUGUCAGUGGAAACUACACACGUGGGCUGCCAGCGUUUAUCUGCUCUUGGAGGCACCGGAGGCGCAUGCCUUGCCAGUGGACCUAUUGGGGACUCUCUGAAGCAGGAUUUUGUCUGAGAGUGGUGUUUACUAUGUUUCUUCCGAACUUUUUUUUUUUAAAGAUUGAUCUCAGAGAAAAUGCUCAACAGAUACUGAAUAAUUUUUCCAUCGUUCCUGGAAACCCGUUGGGCCUGUCUUGGAUCUACUCUGCAGUGGAGAAAACUGAGCCAGCCAAUCUGCAGAGCUGCCUUAGUUUGUAUUACAAAUAUUACUGUACAGACUCGCAGCCCCUUCCCUUCUCCUUGGCUGGGAGAGGACGUGCCGGGAACCAGUGGUCUCCCUUUCUCUCCUGAGUGUUUGCCCACAAAAAAGAGGCUGCUGGAGGAAGGGAGAGGGAUUCAAAUCAGCACUUCUUUUAUCUGUAAAUACCUAAUGUAACCCUAAAUCUAACCGUAUUUGCAUCAUGCAAAUAGCCUAUUUCCUGCUGACUGAUUUUUUUUCCUUUUUUUUUUCUUUUAUCACAUAUGAAAUUCCAGAUUUAGCUGUUGGACGCCCACGCUCCAGAAAAUCACAACCAAACCAAACAAAAAACCAAUCCACCAGGUUGCCUUUUUAGAAAUUCUUUCUAUGAAGUGUGUGUGUGUGAACACACUUAUGUAUUGUAUGUUAUAUAUAAUAUAUAAUGUUGAUGACUUUGGAUAAUGCAGCAAUAAAAUGUUCUUGGAGGUAGGUUAAAACAGAUACUCAAACCCUGCAGUUCUGCACCUGGAGAUGAAGGGUCCUACUGCAUAACUUCAGGAACUGUUUUCAACCAUGGUUAGCGUGUUACCGUUAAACCCAACCCAGGCUUUUUAACAUUUUGGAUUUUUAUCUGGGAUCAUUUUUGUGUUAGGACACGUCCAGGGUGAUGUGAGAGACCAGCCCAGUGCAGGUGCAGAGCAGCAUGGGGACAAAUGACACAGUAUCAGUGGCUUGAAGAUCCCCAAAUGAUUUGAGAUCCAGCUGGAACAAAUCUUUGGCCAGUUUUGAAAGAUACCGCUGUGCGUGGCAGGACUUCCACGUGCUCUUUGAAAAAGGUACAAAUCCUUCAGGGCACUCACCGCGUCCCUGCGCGGUGGAGCGUUGAGCCUUCUCAUGCGUCGCAGGCUAAUGCUGUUUGAGGUGACCCUGCUCGAGAGCCGCGUCAGUACAACGCAAGACUCCCCACGGACGGGUCUGGGGAGUUGUCGUCCGCAGAAGCCGUCUGUCAGAUGAACUUCCAAAUCAUGGUCUUCCCCCCUGGAAAGCCUUUCCUGGGUGAUUGAUGUUGUGCCGGGCUGGGGCGCUAUGUGUCCCAGGGGUUAUGUGGUUUCUGCUGUACCAUCCGGAGACCCUGUGGCCAUAAAAUGUAGUUCAAAAGCUCCGCGCAAGGCACAAAACGUCAUCGGAGGAAGCAGGUUUGUCUCCUUGCGUCUGUUGAGCGGAUGCAUCCCCAUCGAUGGGCCUACCUUGGCUCUCUGGUUCAUCUCGAACUCGCAGUAGGCUUCUGCCUAGUGGGUGCUUUUUGAACGUGCUGUUGCUUCUACAGCCUGCGUAUCUAUGCACAAAUGUCCUGUCUGCCUUCAGAACUGUCCCCUUUCCUCUGGCUGGUGCAAGUGGUUCCCGUUUCCUAAAACCAACUUCCAAAUCCUUCAGUUUUAUUUCUGGUUUCACCAGCACCGUAGAAGAAGGAAAAAACCAACCAAUGAACCAGCCCCUAACUGUGGCAGUGGUUUUUCUACUCUGUUGCAAUAUAGGGAGAAGCUAUUCUGAGUGCCAUUGUGUUAUUAGUAGCAUUUUUAACGAAAGCGCAAACUGUACAAUCUGAACUCUAUGCACUGGCUACUUGUGCCUGUCCGGUAGGCGAAAGACCUGUUAGUCGAGGUGUGGGGCUGUGUUCCUCUGCUUGCACUCGUUUGAAGGAUUAAGGAGUGAUAUUUUGGAGGUUCUGCAGGAUGAACAUCUGUCUCGGGA